CUUCACAAAAGAAAAAUCACCUAAAUUUAGUAAGACUUGAAAAAAUGCAGCCUGUUUCUGUCCCAAUUAUCUUAGUUUCUCCAACCCAAAAAAAUAAUGAAAAAGUGGUUUCAAGGCCUCUUGCAAAGUUUGAACCUAGCUUUUGGGGCGAUCGCUUCCUCCAUUUCACUCCUCCAAAUGAGGUUACUAAAUUGAGAAUGGAGGAGGAAGCUAAGGAGCUGAAAGAGGAAAUGCGAAAGAAGCUUCUGGAAAGUAUUAAGAAACCAAAAGAAGGGUUGCAAUUUAUAGAUGCAAUACAAAGACUUGGAGUAGCAUACCACUUUGAAGAUGAAAUUGAAGUGUUGUUAGAAAACUUUCAUAAUAAUAAAAAUAAUUAUAAUGUCAAUGAUUGUUAUCAAAACAAUCUUCACUUUGUUUCCUUACAUUUUCGUCUUCUCCGACAACAUGGAUUUUUCGUAUCUUCUGAUGUAUUCAACAAGUUUAUAAAUGAGAAUGGAAGCUUCAAGGAGGAGAUAGCAAGUGAAGUAGAAGGUAUAUUGAGCUUGUAUGAAGCUUCCUAUCUUAAAGUUCAUGGAGAGAAGAUUCUAGAAGAUGCUUUAGAAUUCAGCACUCGACAUUUAAUGUCUUUAUCUAGACAAGUAAGCUCUGUUUUGGCAGAGAAAAUAAAUCAUGCUUUAAAACGACCCAUUCAUAGAUGUAUACCAAGAUUGGAAGCCAAGUAUCAAAUCUACUUUUACGAAUCUGAGCCUUCUCAUGAUGUGAUUCUUCAUAAGUUUGCAAAAUUAGAUUUUUACUUACUUCAACUAUUGCACAAAGAGGAACUUCAAAAACUUACCAGGUGGUGGAGGAAUCUUGAUUUUCCAACAAAACUCCCAUACGCAAGGGAUAGGAUAGUUGAGUGCUAUUUUUGGAUUGUAUCAAUGUAUCCUGAACCAAAAUACUCAAUUUCUAGAAUGGCUCACACUAAAUGGACGAAGCUUGUCUCCAUCAUAAAUGACACAUAUGAUGCUUAUGGAACUAUUCAAGAGUUAGAACUCUUCACUCAAGCUAUUCAAAGGUGGGAUAAAAGGUAUAUGAAUGAGCUCCCAGAGUACAUGAAGUUAAUUUAUGAGACUCUUCUUGAUACAUCAUUGCUUUUGGACGAUGAAUUAGCCAAACAAGGAAGAAGCUAUGCUUUCAAUUAUCUCCAACAGGAAUGGAAAGAUUUAUGCAGUUCCUAUAUGCAAGAAGCUAAAUGGUGUGAUUUAGAGUAUAUUCCAAGGUUUGAUGAAUAUAUAAAGAAUGGAAAUGUAAGUUCAACUUAUCUGCAAAUCCUUGCGGCUGCAUAUCAGGGUAUGGAGAUUGCACAUGCAAACGUUUUUGAGUGGCUUCAUGGACAACCUAAACCUUUAGCUGCAAUAUGCAUGAUUGGUAGAGUCUUAAACGAUAUAGCCACCUUCAAGUUUGAGCAAAAUAGAAAACAUGUAGCAACAUCAGUUGAAUGUUAUAUGAAACAAUAUCAAGUCUCCCAAGAUGAAGCAUGUGAGAAGCUUCAAAAAAUGAUGGAAGAUGGUUGGAAAGAAGUAACAGAAUCAAUGUUUCGACCAAAUGCUAUUCCAAUGCCUUUACUUCUUCGAAUUCUAAACGUAAACAGAGUCACCAAUGAAAUAUAUUCCAUUGAUUCAGAUGGCUACACUUUCAGUAAAUUUUCCCAAGACAAGAUUACUGCACUUCUUAUUGAUUAAUAACAAAAAUAAGUGUUCCGGGGAAUGAUACAAUAUUACUACUUGAUAGGUGGUGCUCAUACUUUCUUCUUCAUAAGGAAACCCACUUUCUCUUUUUUUUUUUUUUGCUUGUUCUUCAUUUUGUUUGUAUUUGUAUUAUAUUGGUCUUCUCAAGUUGCUACAUUAUUUCUUUUUAUUGUUCAAAAAUAGACUUUGAAGUCUCUGUGUGCAUGCAAUAAUAAAAUUAAAUUAUGAAUUACUCCUAUUUCAAAAAAGCAUUUUAUAGAAUUAUCAUA